AAUAGUAGUGUCGGUUUUUUUUGUCAUCAAGAACUGAUACAGAAGGAGUCAACUGAUUACAGUGUGAACUCUGGUCCGGGCUGACAAGGAUUACUUAUAAAGACAAAUCUAAGUUGUCUUAUUGGACUAGAAAUACGGAAGGAGGAAGAGAAGCAGUCUUAGAUACAAACCACAAGAGAGGAGGGGCGGCGAGAACGGCAAAGGGCGAGGAGGCGGUGAAAACGUCAGGAGGCGAGAGCGGCAGGAGGAGAGGUGUCACAGGAUAUAAGACCGCCAGGAGACGAAGGAUAAUAUGGAAGAAGAAAGAGAAGAGAAGGAGACUGAGGUGCAGAAUAAUGAAGAGGAAGUUAAGAAGCAACAGGAGGAUGUGCUAAAGACAGAUGAUGACCUGGGAAACGUGAAGACUUUCGAAGACUUGCUUCAGGUGGUGGGGACGAGAGGCCGCUGGAAUCUACUCCUCUUCCUCGUGUGUGCUUAUGCCACAUACGUGCCGGCACACCAAACACUGUCUUACCAGUUCUUGGGUGCCACACCGGACUAUUGGUGCCACAUAGCGCCACUGGUGGAGGCCAACUGGACCCAAGAACAGGUCCUCAACUUUGCCAUCCCAACCAACAAGGAAACGGGCAAAUUCGAGCACUGCCUGCAGUACAACUACACCUACAGUAAGGUGGCAGCAUUGGGAUAUGAGGGAGCUGUGAAUGCUGGUUUAGUACCACUGCCAAACAACACUCCAAUGGUAUCUUGUGCCUCCAGGGAUUUCAACCUCACUCAGUAUGAAUCAACUUUGACAAUAGAGUGGGACCUGGUGUGUGAGCGUCGGGUACUGUAUUCUACCACCCAGGCAGCAGUACAGGUCGGCAAAUUAGUUGGUUAUCUCUUCCACGGCUUCCUCCUCGACAGGUACGGUCGACGGCCCGUGGUGUUAUGGUCAGCACUGUUCACUGUUGUGGCGGGCUUCCUGGCUGCCAGCUCUCCCAACGUGGAACUCUACAUCUGUCUGUUGAUUGUCAUUUUAUGCAUGACAUCCGGCUGUUACCUGGGCUGCUUUAUCCUCCAGAUGGAGACAUGCUCGACGAAGGAGCGCUCUAUGGUGGGGACGCUCUUCGUGGUGCCAUGGGCGCUAGGCUACAUGGUGGUGCCGGGCAUCGCCUAUCUAGUGAGAAGGUGGCGGGAACUUCAGGCAGUUGUCACCGUCCCCGCCCUCGUCUUCAUCGCCCACUAUUGGUUGCUGCCAGUCCUCGCUGGCUCAUUAUGCGAGGUCAAUAACACUCAAGGUCUUCCACUGGGCUUCAAAAUCAACCGCAAGACCCUGCCCCCUGACCACGUCCUUUUGGCUGCCAUGAAGAAGAUAAGAAGUUUGGAUGUCAGGGAGGAGGAGAAGCAGGAGCAGCAGGCAUCGUUGCCAACACGAGCGUUGAAGUUUGUAAAGCAGUUCACAUCUCUGCUUAGAGUGAAGGCCCUCAGGAAGAAAAUACUGAUCGUCUUCUUCUGCUGGUUUGCCUCCUCCAUGAUCUAUUACGGCAUCGCCCUCAACGCCACUAACCUCAGUGCCAACGUCUACCUCUACAUCUUCCUGGGGGGUCUCCUAGAGAUGCCUUCAUACUUGCUGCUGUGGCCUGCUGUGGUGUACCUGGGCAGAGUCAGGUCCCUUUCAAGUCUCUACUUUAUGUGUGCCGUCUGCAUCUUUAGUCUCUCAGUCUGCAUUAUCUUCACCUCCGAUGUGCCUGUCGGAGUGAUGAUGUUCCUUUCCCUGACUGGCAAGGUGGCCAUCACGGCGGCCUUCCACCUGAUCUGGAUGAUGACGGCCGAGCUCUUCCCCACCAAGUACCGCUCCCUGGCUUUGAGUCACUCCAGUGUCACUUCCAGGUGCGGCAGCAUCCUGUCUCCCUACAUCAACGACAUCUUGGGUGAGGUGAUAAUGUGGGCGCCCUCAAUGGUGUUCGGACUGACGUCGCUAGUUGCUGGGGGGCUUUGCCUGUUUUUACCAGAGACCAGGGACCGCAGUCUGACAGAGGACAUCAAAUUCGAGGACAGUCAACAACUUGGAAGCCAGUCAGAUGUCUGUACCAGGGAAACUCUUGAAAGACAAAAUAACGAGACUGCCGGUGGUCCCUCUGGAGAGAGAACUGAUACGUCGGACAACAAGACUCCCCAGGAUGGAAAGACUAACCCAGCCUACACGCAAGAAGCAGAGGAAAACAACAAACAAGCAAACACUAAUUUAUAGUUGGUGUUUACAAUGUCUUGGUGUCAGUGAUGUAAUGUGAUGCAGAUUCAAAUGUUCUAUCAGUAAUGCACUCCUUUAACCAGUGAUAUGUGCACUUACUAACGUAAGUGUUAAACCUAACCUUGUUUUUUUCUAACCUAACCUACAGUAUAUUAUUCU